AGUAUGAGGCCUGCAUUCUUCUUACUGUGUUGCGUGGUCCUUUUUGCUUCUCUUAAUGUUGGACAAGGUGGCAAACUCAGGAAGAACUUCUACCGAAGAACUUCUUGCCCUAAAGCUGAGGACAUCAUCAAAAUAAGAACUACUCAGCUUGUCUCUUCUAUUCCUGGUUUGCCAGCCCAGUUGCUGAGAAUGCACUUUCAUGACUGCUUUGUUAGGGGUUGUGAUGCAUCAGUCCUGCUGAACUCCACUGCUAAUAAUGCUGCAGAAAAGGACUCAAUCCCAAACCUAACUUUGAAAGGCUUUGAUGCCAUCGAUGAUAUAAAAGCCACCGUCGAGGCCCAAUGCCCAGGUGUUGUUUCCUGCGCUGACAUCCUCGCAUUGGCCGCUAGGGACGCCGUUUCUAUCCCUUUUAAGAAACCUCUAUGGGAAGUGCUUACUGGUAGGAGAGAUGGGAGGGUGUCGAUAAGCCAAGAAGCAUUGGUCAACAUUCCGGCACCGUUCUUCAACUUCACUCAACUCAGAGCCAGCUUCGCCAGAAAAGGCCUGACGUUGCACGAGCUAGUGGUGUUGUCAGGCUCUCACACCAUCGGAAUAGCUCACUGCAACUCCUUCAGCACGAGGCUCUUCAACUUCACUGGAAAAGGCGACCAGGACCCUUCUCUGGACCCCACCUACGCCAAGUUCCUCAAGUCCAAAUGCAAGAGCCUCAGUGACACUACCACCACCGUGGAAAUGGACCCAAACAGCUCUACCUCGUUUGACUCUAGCUAUUACUCCAACCUUGUUCAGAACAAGGGAUUGUUCGAAUCUGAUGCUGCGCUUCUGACCGACAAGCAGGCCAGAAAGACUGUCCAUGAACUGGUUGACCAAGAGGAUUUCUUCACCGAGUUCGCGCAGGCCAUGAAGAGGCUCGGAAACAUUGAGGUCCUCGCCGGCACCAGUGGAGAAAUUAGGAAGAAAUGCUGGGUUGUUAACUCUGAAGCAUAUAUGCUGCUGGAUGGACCUAUACCGAGGAAUACAGCGGAAUUCGUAAAGAACAAGGAUAAUGACGUUGUUUGGAUGCCGACGAGAUUAAUUGCUCUUGCUUUGGACAUAUUUAUACAAAUUUUGUGUUAUAGAUCGUUAUUUGGAGGGUUUUCCAAUAUGAGGUCUGCAUUAUUCCUCUUGCUAGGUUGUGUGGUAAUCUUUGCUUCUCUUGUGGUUGGACAAGGAGACAGCCUCAGGAAGAACUUCUACCGAAGUUCUUGCCCUAAAGCAGAGGACAUCAUUAAAACGAGAACCUCUCAACUUGUCUCUGCUAAUCCUGGUUUGCCCGCCCAGUUGCUGAGAAUGCACUUUCAUGACUGCUUUGUCAGGGGUUGUGAUGCAUCAGUCUUGUUGAACUCCACUGCUGAUAAUACUGCAGAAAGGGACUCCAUCCCGAACCUAACUUUGAAAGGCUUUGAUGCCAUCGAUAACUUAAAAUCCACCGUCGAGGCUCAAUGCCCAGGUGUUGUUUCCUGCGCUGACAUUCUCGCUUUGGCCGCUAGGGACUCCGUUUCCAUCCCAUUUAAGAAACCUCUAUGGGAAGUGCUUACUGGUAGGAGAGAUGGGAGGGUGUCGAUAAGCCAAGAAGCAUUGGUCAACAUUCCGGCACCGUUCUUCAACUUCACUCAACUCAGAGCCAGCUUCGCCAGAAAAGGCCUGACGUUGCACGAGCUGGUGGUGUUGUCGGGCUCUCACACCAUCGGAAUAGCUCACUGCAACUCCUUCAGCACGAGGCUCUUCAACUUCACCGGAAAAGGCGACCAGGACCCUUCUCUGGACCCUACCUACGCGGAGUUCCUCAAGUCCAAAUGCAAGAGCAUCAGUGACACUACCACCACCGUGGAAAUGGACCCCAACAGCUCUACCUCGUUUGACUCUAGCUAUUACUCCAACCUUGUUCAGAACAAGGGAUUGUUCCAGUCUGAUGCUGCGCUUCUGACCGACAAGCAGGCCAGGAAGACUGUCAAUGAACUGAUUGACCAAAGCGGUUUCUUCACCGAGUUCGCGCAGGCCAUGAAGAGGCUCGGAAACAUUGAGGUUCUCACCGGCACCAGUGGAGAAGUUAGGAAGAAAUGUUGGGUUGUUAACUCUUAAACUGGUUCACAUAUAUAACUUGUCAUUCCUAUCAUGAUUUUGUCUUCCUUGUAGUUUUUCAUCUUUGGUUGUGGGAUUGUCACGCUAAUAUUGUUUCGUCACUGGUGUGAUUUAUUAUAUUGUGUUGCUUGAAGAUAUAUACAAGUUGUUUAUUGAAUAAAGUUUACGUUUAACUCUGAA